AUGAAUGUUCUAACUUGGAACUAUAGAGGUGCUGCUAAAAAACCUUUCAAAAGUACCUUUAACAGAUUUUAUAGGAAGUAUAAGGUUGGUGUGGCUGCCAUCUUUAUUUGGAUCUGUUGGGAUUCGAAUGAUUUAAAUAUCACUCUUCUAGUGAAGCAUGACCAAUUUAUUCACUUUUUGGUUGAGUUACCAGGGAAGAAACCCUUUUGCUGGACGACUGUUUAUGCCAAUCCCCAUGAGGAUAAACGUUGUUGUCUUUGGGAGGAACUAAAACAUAUUGGGAGGUCUAUGAAUGACCCUUGGCUCAUUUUAGGUGACUUUAAUGAGAUUGCUUCAGCUGCUGAGAAGAGAGGUGGGAGUCCUGUGGAUGUCAACCAUUGUGGUGUUGGUAAUAGAUUCACGUGGAGAGGUCCGAAAUUCCUUCACUUAGAUCGGGUUUAUAAAAGACUUGAUAGAGCAGUAGCUAAUGCCAUCUGGAAAGCUACCUUUGAAGAUUCAGAUACUAUAACCCUCCCCAGAUUAUUCUCUGAUCACUGUCCCAUUCUAGUCAGGUUGGAGAAAGAGGAUAAUUGUUGGAGAAAGCACCCGUUCAGGUUUCUGGCUACUUGGCAAAAUGAUCCCAGAUUCUGCCUCUUUCCUUAA